ACGUCAUACUCUGCUCUCAUUUUUCUCCCAUUUUCUCUGCACCCAAACAAUGUCUUUUGAAGUCUGUGUUAAGGCUGCUGCCGGUGAUCCUGAAAUUCUUGGAGACUGUCCAUUCAGCCAAAGGGUUCUGCUGACUCUGGAGGAGAAGAAGGUGCCCUACAAGAUGCAUCUGAUCAAUGUUAACGAGAAGCCCCAAUGGUUUUUGGAGAUGAACCCAGAAGGGAAGGUGCCGGUGAUCAAAGUGGACGAUAAAUGGGUCCCUGACUCUGAUGUCAUUACUGGGGUUCUUGAGGAAAAACAUCCAUCUCCUCCUCUCGCUCCUCCUCCUGAACAUUCGUCUGUGGGAUCUAAAAUAUUUCCUGCUUUUGUCAAGUUCUUGAAGAGCAAGGAUCCUAAUGACGGUUCAGAGCAGGCUUUGCUGGAUGAAUUGAAGGCCUUGGAUGACCAUCUUAAGGAUCAUGGUCCUUACAUCAAUGGGGAAAAUAUCUGUGCUGUGGAUUUAAGUUUGGCCCCAAAGCUGUACCAUCUUCAGGUGGCUCUUGGCCAUUACAAGAACUGGACUAUCCCUGAAAGCUUGUCUCAUGUCCACAAUUACAUGAAGUUACUUUUCUCUCGGGAGUCCUUUGAGAAAACCAAACCAGCACCGGACCAUGUAGUUGCAGGAUGGGCACCCAAGGUCAAUGCAUGAAAUUGUUCUAAACUAUAAGCUUUUGGUACCAAAGCUAUGAAGGGUAUGUGAGAUCUGCUCUGCUUCUCAGACUUUUGGAGCCACCACCUUCACAGCUUGCUUGUCUAUAAUAAAUGUAUUUACCAGUCAGUCUUAGCUAUGACGGUAUCUACUCUUUUGCCCUUACCAUUACAUCCAUCUCCAUAU